CGCGUUUAGUCUAGCUUUCUGAAGCGUGUCGUUCGUCCGAAAUCUUCCUGGAGGAGCAUUUCUUCAUUCGCUGUCAUACAGCUGAUACAACAUGACCUUGCAGUGGACUGCGGUUGCAUCGUUCUUGUAUGUGGAGAUGGGUGUUCUCCUCAUCUUUUGCCUGCCUUUCAUCUCAGCUCAAAGAUGGCAAAGUAUUUUCAAAUGGAGCAUCUGGAACCGUCUCUCCCAGUUCCGGAACAAGGGCUUUCUCACCAUGAUAAUAAUCCUCAUAGUUCUCUUUCUUGAUGCCCUGCGGGAGGUGAGGAAGUACUCGACUGCUGACCGAAGCAAAGAUUCCAAACUUUACCCCAACACGUUCGACCACAUGCACAUGAAGCUCUUCCGAGCCCAGAGGAACCUCUACAUCUCUGGUUUCUCGCUCUUCCUGUGGCUUGUCAUGAGGAGAGUCAUCACUCUGAUUAACCAGUUGGCCACAGCCAUCGGCACCAGCGCCGCUAUGCAGACUCAGGCUGAAAGCGCCAACAAAGCUGCCAAGAAAUACAUGGAGGACAAUGAGAUGCUUAAACAGGCACUUACAGACGCUAAAGGAGAAGGAGGGAAGACACAAGAUCCAGAAGAGAACAAACUCCUGAAGAAAGAGGUGCAGAGACUGACAGAGGAGCUGAAGAGCAGCACCGAUGUUCUGAAAAAGUCAAAGUCAGAUUUGGACGCCAUGAAGAAACAAACUGAAGGACUGACCAAAGAAUACGACCGUCUCCUUCAAGAGCACCAGGAGCUUCAGAAUCAGCUGGACAGUGGAGACAAAAAAGACAACUAGGCAAGUGGACACACUGGAAACCUGUACGUUAAUGCACAAUAAUCACGGUCAUGCUCAGUUCCUCUCAUACACUCACCUGGUAGCAUGACAUGCAAACUGUUACGAGUUCUUGACAGUCAGUUCAUGACAUCACAUCCCGUCAGGUUUCCUGCUCACCACACAUUUGAAGUAGCGGUUUUCCGGCUUUGAUGUUGAAUUGGUGCAGUGCUGUAUUUUGAGAUUGCUGCAUAAUGUGGCUGUCUGCGAAUAGAGCGACUGAAACCCAACACUCAUUGAUGUUUACAGGAAACUGUAUGUUAUUUAGUCAAAAAGCCAUAGUGACUGAUGUUUGCAUGUUGCAUUGAAAUACCUUGUGUUGCUUUCCUUCUCCUCUGCUA